CCUCCCGCUUCUCCCUGCCGGGCCUCCCCUUCUCUCCCCGCGGCCCCCGCCCCGCAGGGAUAGUAUGGUCUCCGGCGAUGGACGCCCUAAGUGCAGGAUGCCCUUUUGAGUACCUUGUUGAAACAUUAAAGGACAGUUCGCAUAAAUUCUUCAAUGUACCUAAACUUGGAGGCACCAAGUAUGAUGCUCUGCCUUACUCGAUACGGGUCCUUUUGGAAGCUGCUGUACGAAAUUGUGAUGGAUUUUUCAUGAAAAAGGAAGAUGUUAUGAACAUUUUAGACUGGAAAACCAAACAAAGCAAUGUGGAAGUGCCCUUUGUUCCUGCCCGUGUUCUUCUUCAAGAUUUUACUGGAGUCCCGGCAGUAGUGGAUUUUGCUGCUCUGAGGGAGGCAGUGAAAACCCUGGGAGGUGAUCCUAAGAAAGUUCAUCCUGCCUGUCCGACAGACCUCACGGUUGACCAUUCUUUACAGAUUGACUUCAGUAAAUGUGCAAUACAGAAUGCUCCAAAUCCUGGAGGGGGUGACGUGCAGAAACCAGGAAAGCUCUCUCCACUUCGAGUACAGCCUAAGAAGCUGCCCUGCAGAAGCCAGGCUCCCUGCCGUGGACCGUGCAAUUCUGGAGAACUGGGCCGAAACUCAGGAAAAUUUUCCUCCCAGAUUGAGAACACACCCAUUCUGUGUCCUUUUCAUUUGCAACCAGUGCCUGAACCUGAAACAGUGUUAAAAAAUCAAGAAAUAGAAUUUGGCAGAAAUCGAGAGAGACUUCAAUUUUUCAAGUGGAGUUCAAGAGUCUUUAAGAAUGUGACUGUCAUCCCUCCUGAAACUGGAAUGGCUCAUCAAGUAAACUUAGAAUAUUUGUCAAGAGUGGUUUUUGAAGAAAAGGACUUCCUCUUCCCAGACAGUGUAGUGGGCACGGAUUCUCAUAUAACCAUGGUGAAUGGUUUGGGGAUUCUAGGAUGGGGGGUUGGAGGGAUUGAAACAGAAGCCGUAAUGCUUGGUCUGCCAGUUUCUCUAACUUUACCCGAGGUGGUUGGAUGUGAGUUAACUGGGUCAUCAAAUCCUUUUGUUACAUCCAUAGAUGUUGUUCUUGGUAUUACAAAGCACCUCCGGCAAGCAGGAGUGGCUGGAAAAUUUGUUGAGUUUUUUGGGCCUGGAGUUUCACAGUUAUCUAUAGUGGAUCGAACCACAAUAGCAAACAUGUGUCCAGAAUACGGUGCUAUCCUCAGCUUUUUCCCUGUUGACAAUGUGACACUCAAACACUUAGAACAUACAGGUUUUGACAAAGCCAAACUAGAGUCCAUGGAAACCUACCUGAAAGCUGUGAAAUUGUUUCAAAAUGGCCAGAAUUCUUCAGGAGCACCUGAAUAUUCCCAGGUAGGUGCAGAAUACUGCACAUUUAUACAGGUUGGAUUUAAAGGCUUCCAAAUCGCAGCUGAGAAACAGAAUGACUUCGUCUCCAUUCAGUAUGAAGGAAGUGAAUAUAAGCUGUCUCACGGGUCGGUGGUCAUUGCUGCAGUCAUCAGUUGUACCAAUAACUGUAACCCAUCCGUCAUGCUUGCUGCAGGUCUUUUGGCUAAAAAGGCCGUGGAAGCUGGUCUUCGUGUGAAGCCUUACAUCAGAACAAGCUUGUCUCCAGGCAGCGGGAUGGUUACACAUUACCUCAGUUCCAGUGGAGUAUUACCGUAUCUUAGUAAGCUUGGGUUUGAAGUAGUUGGCUAUGGCUGUUCAACAUGUGUGGGGAAUACAGCACCCUUAUCAGAAGCCGUUUUAAAUGCAGUGAAACAGGGCGAUUUGGUCACUUGUGGUGUUUUUUCUGGAAACAAACAUUUUGAAGGUCGUCUCUGUGACUGCGUUCGUGCCAAUUACCUUGCCUCUCCACCAUUGGUGGUGGCCUACGCCAUAGCGGGCACCGUCGAUAUCGAUUUCCACAGCCAGCCUUUAGGGACCGACUGUACGGGCAAGGACAUUUUCCUGCAUGACAUCUGGCCCAGUCAAGAAGAGGUCCACCGGGUGGAGGAGGAGCGCGUGAUCGUCUCCAUGUUUAAAGGCUUGAAAGAGAAAGUAGAGAAAGGAAAUAAACGGUGGAAUUCUCUAGAAGCACCAGAUUCAGUUUUGUUUCCAUGGGAUUUAAAGUCCACUUACAUUAGAUGUCCUUCGUUUUUUGAUAAACUUACCAAAGAUCCGAUUGCACUUCAGCCUAUUGAGAAUGCCCAUGUUUUAUUAUACUUGGGGGACGCUGUUACGACUGACCAUAUAUCACCUGCUGGAAGCAUCGCUAGGAGUAGUGCGGCUGCUAAGUAUUUGAUGAACAGAGGCCUUACUCCUCGUGAAUUCAAUUCUUACGGCGCCCGAAGAGGUAACGAUGCUGUAAUGACAAGAGGCACCUUUGCAAACAUCAAGCUUUUUAAUAAGUUUAUUGGAAAACCAGCCCCCAAAACAGUUCAUUUCCCAUCAGGACAGACGCUGGAUGUUUUUGAGGCUGCAGAGCUGUACCAGAAAGAAGGCGUCCCGCUGAUGAUCUUAGCAGGAAAGGACUAUGGUGCAGGCAACUCCCGGGACUGGGCUGCCAAAGGACCGCUGCUGCUGGGAGUGAAAGCUGUUUUGGCUGAAAGCUAUGAAAAAAUUCACAAAGACCAUCUGAUCGAAAUCGGCAUUGCGCCGCUUCAGUUCCUUCCUGGCGAGAACGCGGACUCCUUGGGCCUCUCCGGCAAAGAGACCUUUUCCUUAACCUUUCCCCAGGAACUCUCUCCCGGAAUUACGUUAAACAUAAAGACAAACACUGGGAAAGUUUUCAGCGCCAUUGCUUCCUUUGAAAAUGAUGUGGAAAUAACAUUAUACAAACACGGAGGAUUAUUAAAUUUUGUAGCACGGAAAUUCUCAUAGUAUCCACUCACCAGGAGACCUUCCAUAACAGAUAAGGGCAGAGCCGCCCGCCUGAGCUGCAGCCGGGAGUCCUCACCACGGAGCUGCGGACCGUCCAGCGCACCACUCUCCCAUCCACGCCGGCAACGAUUACAAAUCAACGUAGGGACUGAAAGGACCCUUGAUUUUAAAUAAUACACGAACGGUGCUAUUAACGAUGCUAAAAUCAGCGUGUGAAGUGUGUUGUGGAAGAGGCCUGUAAGUAUGGGGGGAGGGGGAGAUUUUAUCACACCAUUUUGUAAAUAAAGGCAGAAUUUGAACUUG